GAGGUUUGGUAUUUAUUUAUAUUUUUGAAUAUCCAUUUACUACAAUGGAAGCGAGAGAGAGAGCCUCCCACUCGACACAAACUAGUUCAUUACAGGAUUAACAUAUGGUUCAACUUAUGUUAAUAAUUCGCUUGCGCGUAGGAGUCUUUAGCAGUGGAAGGAAACCGGAAGACCUGGAGAAAACCCACAAGUUGGGCAGGCGACCCUACUCGACCUUGUCACGUGCACAUCAAAAAUGGAAACCACGCCACUUGACUCAAUAACAGACCUUAUGAUCAAAUUUUCUCUGAGAAAAUUGUAAGAAAAUGUAAAAAAAAAAAAUAAUAAAUCCUAUAUCCGCCCCUGGGAUAUAUGAUAAUGGUACGAAAACGUGAUCGUUUUCGUUGACAGGUGAUUGGGACGUUAUAAUAUGAGAGGUGUUUGGUCAGAACUAUUGCUAUAAAAUAAUGUGAAUAAUGCUUUAUCUACGGCCACAGUCCGUCCCUGGUGUGAGAUGGUGCUGUUUGUAAUGUAUAAAAGACUCGUUUGCCAGGGAGACAACAGGUUGAUGUUGCAGAGUUCCAAUCGUAAACAUGUUUAAGGCGGUAUAUAUUUGUUAGAAAACGAGAAUGCCAGUUAUUUGUGGACGAUGUUUGCCAGAAGAAAAUGGCGACAAAGUAUCUUUCUCAUCUUGGGUUUCGGUGUCGGGUUGAUGAUUUACUCAAAAACUUUAUUAGGUGAGACAAACCCGAUGGAAGAGCCGCGUUUAUUUGAGGAAAUGAAACGAAGGAUUAUUGAAAUAAAGCACUGGAAUUCAACCUUCGGAAAUGGUAUUUUCCCAAAAGCAACGAACUCAGUGAUUGGUGUUUUACCGGUCCAAAGGGCACGAACACCGCUUUUGAAAAAUCAUUAUAUUGUUUCCAGUAGCAGUAUGGGUCGUCUUGGCAACCAUCUCUUUCAAUUUGCAGCUCUAAUCGGUACCGCUGAUCAACAUCGAUAUACCCCAGUCCUUUCAAAAUUAUCUUCUCUGAAGAGUAUAUUUGAUAGCGAUGUACAAACCAAGGUGCCCACUUUAAUCAAUCAAAAAAGUUUCUCGGAAAAGAGAGCUGGUAUUUACGACACCCGAAUCACAAAUCUUACGCACAGUGCAAACUGGACAUUAAACGGCUAUUUUCAGUCAUGGAAAUAUUUUCAUGCAUCGGUUGACGUUUUACGAAAACAGCUCAAGUUCAAGGAACACAUUUUAAAACAAGCUAGGAAUAAGCUGCUUCCUACAAAAGGACAAAUUCGUAUAGGUGUUCACGUACGUCGUGGAGAUAUGAACUCGAGAUUCGAACUAAAACGAGGCUACAACGUAGCGGAUGUUGGGUAUCUGAAUAGAUCGAUGGAUUACUUCAGGCGGAAAUUUGGAGCGGUGUCGUUUGUGGUGGUGUCUGAUGACGUCAAAUGGUGUGAAGCAAAUAUAAAAUCUAAAGAUCUCAGUAUUAUGAGAGUUUCACGUGAAGUUGACCUUGCCAUUUUGUCUCUAUGUGACCACAAUAUAGUAACAACCGGGUCGUUUGGUUGGUGGGGUGCUUGGUUAGCUGGUGGUGAAGCUGUGUAUUUUAAAAACUUUCCAGUAAAUAAUACUUGGUUAGAUAAACAAUACAAUAAACAGGAUUAUUAUCCUUCUAAUUGGGUAGGGAUGUCGUAGAUAUCACGAAUAUAUCCCGUACACUGUCAAACUGGUGUAUUUUUAUUUUUGAUGCCAUAAUGCACUGCAAACGAAGAUCACACUUUGUUGCUCAAACAAAAAACUGAAGAUUCCUGCGCAUUUUCGUGGAAUUGACUCAUUGGCAUUGAACCAAGUAUUCUGGCAGUUUUCGAUAAUAAUGAUAUACUGAGAUAGUAUGGAAUAUUAUUGGUGGUUAGUAUUGGGUAAGGUUAUAAUUUAAGCUUUGUCUGAAGCCCAUGGGUCUUCAUCUUUUCUAAAACCUCUCGUAACAACGUAAAAAAUCACAAGAAAUUUUAAAUAUCUGACAGUCCUUUAGUAUUAAAUAUCUAUGUACAUAUAUGCUGUAUCAACAUAACGGUUAUCACUUUGCACACGAGUCACAUAUUAUGGGCUAUGACCUUAUUUUGUUCAUGGUAUUAUUUGUUUUGGUUUUUUUUUUUUGGUUUUUUUUUUGUAUUAUCGUGUGAUAUUGUUGAUAUGAUAUCUAUUUUACACAUCCAGCUUACAGCUGGAUAAAUUUGGUUGCUUAUGCUUCUGUUUUAGAAUCAAUGGUGGGUAAAUAAUAUCAAAUUAUUGGAGCUGGUUUGGGUUUCAUUGUGCCGGUAAGCUGCUGGUUGUCUGAAAUCAAAUUACGUUUGUACAUUUUGUUUAUGGCCUUGUAGAUAUAAAAGGAUGGUGAUUGGACUGUUUCAACACGAACAGACUGCAAGCUAAUUGUUACUAUUUUUAUUUCCAAAUUGAUGCAGAUAAUGUAUAUGUAUAUGUGUGAUUUUAUUAAAUGAAAUGAAAAGAAAUAGGGUUUUCUGAACCAACCAGAUUAAUGAUAAAGGAUGCUGUUUUGUACCCUAUGCCGUCCAAUAAAAAGCACUCAAGACCAAUUCACACUAAGCGUGUCCAGGCCUUUACAGUGAUUUUGACGUACGAUAACUCUGUUUAUUUUGACCUAUGUAUGUAUAAUAUCUGUUAAUAAUAUCAAUAAAGAUAUUUUUUACUCGUU